GCUCAAGCGCCCCAGCUCGAGGCCCCGACCCCCUAUUUCCCGAUUAUGGGACGGCCUCUUGAGGGACAGCCUCCACGAGCCCUGGAUUUACACCCCAAGCCUGCCUUCCUCCGCUCUGGGAAGGACCCAAAAUCCAGUCCCGCUUCCUCCCCCUCCGUCGCUGUCCUUGGCUCCCAGGUGCGGAGCACCGGUGGUCAGGCGGGAGCCAGCAAGAGGCCGAGCGCUCCAUGCUCGCAGGACUGGGCGGCAGCGGAGGGAGCCCCCGCGCUCUUGGGAGGGAGCCCGAGCUCCGGGCCCCCUGGGCACCCUCCCCGGAGCGCCUUCGGGGUGGAGGCUGGUCGCGGGGCGCUGAAUGUGUCCGAGCACGCUCGGGGCGGUUUUGCCCUUGGACUUUCUUUUUGGCCCGGAGGCGCAUAUCUGUUCCUCCUAUUGAAUGGGGCCGGGGACCCCGAACCCACUCCGGAAGCACGGAUUUCCAGAGCUGACGGCCGUGCCUCGUUUCCCGGCGAGUCCUCUUGGCAGCUCUAGCAGCUCCCCGCCGGGAGCACGAGUGGGAGCGAACCCAGAGCCCGCCCAGGCCUCGGGCCUCGGCAACUCCCCACAGGUCCACGAGAUGGCGCUGCAGGCCAGGGCCCUGGCCGCGGCCUCACAGCCCGCCUCGGGCGAGAGCGGGAGGUAGACUGGGGACCCGGGCAAGCCGGGCAUGGAGGAGCAGCCACCGACGCACGCAGAGCCGGGUCCGGAGCCCGGCACAGGCCGCCGAGGGACCGAGGGACUCCGGGGCUGCGGACACGCGGAGCGGAGGGCUUGAGGCUCGGGGUGGGGCCUUCUCCCCUGCUGCCGGGACCGCCGGGCAUCGCCAGCUCGGCGACCUUCCAGGCUGCUGCAGAUCCCGGCGUGUCCUCUUCUGCGCGCCGGCCGGGCUGGGCCCUCGCGUUCUCUCUGCCGGGAAGGAGCUGCCGGCCUCCGGCCUCCCAGGCUCCUCCGUAG